AAGCCAAUUUUUCAUGAACGUAAACAUCACUUUCUACGUUCAAUUUGGAUUUUAUAAAAAAAAAGAAAAGAAGAAACACAAAAGUUGCACGUGUAAUAUGACGGACGAAAAACGUCAAGAGCAAUCGUUCAUUCUUGAUUUACAUGCGCAAUAUACUUCCUACGGAAUGCACGUUCAUGGAAAUGGGGUUUAAAUGGGGUUUAAUCGCGCUCCCCGGAGCGAGAUCUGAGAGACCGGCUCAGUAGAACGCCGUCGUAAGUCUCGUAUUGGUCUCGCUGUUUCGUCGCACGAACGUGAUAUCACAGCAAAGUCAAAUAAAUGACGGUGUGUGACAGUGACAGUGAACGUGUGAGAGGUCAGUGAUACGUAACAGCCCACGCUGCAAUUGUCCAAAACACGGAACGUGGAAAAAUGGCGGAGCAGAGUGACAGGAGUCAAUUACCACCCGGUUGGGAAUGCAGAUACGACAUUCGCAGCGGUCGUCCAUAUUUCAUAAAUCAUUUCAAUCGCACUACAACAUGGGAGGACCCCAGAGUGAGGUACUGGCAGUACUCGCAAUACAUACAAUCUCAAAACUCGGUGGCCCUGAGUUCGGCCACCACCACCACUUCCCAAGAUAUUCCUAUGCAGACCGGAGGAAGCGGAGGUGGUGGGCACUUAAGUUAUACAGGUGCUCACAGAGCCCCACAAAUCUAUCCAACACCGUCCCCUUAUCAUAAUCCACAACUAGCAUUUUUACCUCCCAGUGGGCAGGAGCUGAAAACUCCAUUAUCGCUGAAAUCCACCAGCGCGGUGACAACACGAUUUGGUGAUUUGACUCUGGGAUCACCGACUCCGGUGCGAAACACAGAGACGAGUUUUACUCAAAACACGGAUUCGGAGUCACAAGUAGCGAAAAUCAAUGCUGUGUUCCCGACCGUUUCCGACACGCAUAUUCGUCUCUUACUGAAAAAAUACCAUAACAGAGCAGCUUUGGUCAUGAGUGCUCUUCAAGUGGAAAAGAAUCCUCUUUGUGCACCAGGACCGUGCACACCUGUGGGAGUGCAUUCGCAUUAUGCAAUCCCGAGAUGGCGUCUACCAGCUCACGCUAUACACGCAGCAUUAACAUUGAGUCCGCCUCGCGGGGUCCGGCCAGCCCCUAACUCCCCAAAAAUGAAACUUAGGUACCUGAAAAACGUAUUUCCAAAAGCGGAUGAAACGAUAUUGCUAGAAAUACUUGAACAGAGCGAUAACAACGUGCAGAAGGCGUCCGAGAGGCUAAUCGACUUAGGAUAUGAGAAACGGAAUCCUACUCUUCCCGCCAAGGCUCUAGCGAAAAAGAAAGAACAGGAACAGGCACAAAGCGAACCAGCCGCUCCCACACCUCCGCCAAGAAUGAAAAGCGCGGAAGAGAAAAAUAAAAUGAAAGCGCGUUUAAUGGAAAAAUAUAAGACAGUGCCAGAUCGAGUGGUGAUGCUUGCCAUGGAUAGCGUAGAUUAUGACGAGGAGAGAGCAAUACAUAUAUUAGAUAUAGUAGUAGCGGAAGAAGCUACUCGACCAAUAUGUACUUCUAGUAGCCAAAGCAGAAGCGACGAACGAAAAGAUAGUCCGCCAGUAACAGAAGCUAUAAAAUUAACAGCUUCCCCGAUUAAGAAGAUAAGUAAAGAGGGAGAGACUGAAAAGUUGAAACGGUCCAAAAAUAAGACUGAGAUACCGAAAGUUUCACGUGGAACUAGCACUACGGAAGACAAAGAAUAUAAAUCCCCUUAUUUAACCAAACCAAUAGGAACGAACACAGAUUUACUAAAAGGAGCUGAUAACGAUCUAUUGUUGCCGGAUUACGCGCCAUGGUCAGGACCGGAUCCCAGCUUACUAUACAAGCAACCAUUCUCAAGAUCGCUUGCGAUAGGACACGAUGGGAAUUUGCUCUCUACGAAUCAUUGUCUCGCUAAAGGUGCGCAACCUGAGUUACGAAAAGGACCAAUAAGGGGAUUGGCUCAGGGUUCCAUUUAUUCACAGAGGAAUGUUGCUAAUACGGAGAGUCGCGGUAAAUGAAAUAUGUGCAAUUGUUUCUUUCUUGAUAUUUUUGCCUUUGUUAAAUAAUAAGAUAUUUUAUCCUAAUUUAGUAGCAACUGUUCAAUUGUUGCGAAAAAUUACCUCAGGACAUUAUUAAUUUAUAUUAAUUAUACCUUAGAACGUCAUUAAUUUUAUAUUAAAUAUUUGUUUUAUGUUUAUUACGGGGAUAUUGAUCUAUUAUAUUUUUUACGUUAUACUUUAUUCUAGUUUAGUAAAGAUUUGUAUUUUGUUGACUAUCAAAUCGUAAUAAAUAUGAAUUUAUUUCUCUAUUUUAUUUAUAUUUAUUGCGUAAGCCAUUUGUUUAUAGAGAAAUAGGAAAGGGAAGAGAGGAAGUUUAUACUUCCGAAAAGUUAUGAAUUUUAAAUAAGAUGUGAACGCAUGUAAAUUACGUCAUAUGCAUCGAUCUUGCCAAAAUUUUUUAGAUUGGUCAUUGUAAAUGUAACUACAUAUGUGUGAACAUAAGUAAAAGUUCAAAAAUGUCGGAAUAUUAAAAAAGUGCAGCAAUGAAGCAUCUAAAAGCAGGCCAUUCUUUUAGACGUUUGAUGUUUUAGCUGCGUUACACCAAGUUACAUACAUACAGAAUAUGUCAGAUGUAUAAGAAAUAUCAGAUUUUUGGGAAAUAAUGCAGGAUGAUUGAGAUGUGGUGUAAUAUUUUCCAGUGGCAAAUACACUAUUAGAUCUUCCUCAUACACACACGCAAUUAUGCUGUAUAUCUCGCAGAAUUCUACUCUAAUACAUACUAUAAUGACAUAUAUAAGAUACUAUAUAAAUUACAGCAUUUUCAUCUUUGACAUAUCUUAUUCAGUCUAAUGUUGUGUCCAUAAAAUACGUCAAAGUUCUCUUACAACAUAUUUGAGUAUUAAAUGAGGAAACUUUAUAACAAUUUGAUUCUAUAAUUGUGUAUGUGGUUAAAUCGUCUAAAUAGUGUGUGACAAGGUCUUUCUUAAACUUUUCCAUGCAUAUGGAUAAGUUUAAUAAAGAUUUUGACGUAUUAUUCAUUGAUAAUUGAUAGAGCCAGAAAAUCUCGCUUUCCCGAAAACGUUCCGAAGUACAUUCAUGGCCAUAUCUAACCAUUAAUAAUACUUCGAGACGAUUUCGGAAAUCAUUAACUUACAUGUCCUAGUAAUUGGUAAUAAUUUUACAUGUGCUCGUUAGUGUAAUGAAA